CGAGGCAGACAACAUGGUGGCGUCCUUGAUGGGCUCGCUGCUGCGGACUUUCCGGCAGGCAGUUCCUCCAUCAACAUCAAGUCAAGUUCGAGGUUAUUAUGUAGACUGGAAAAUGUUGCGUGAUGUGAAGAGACGAAAAAUUGCUUAUGAAUAUGCAGAUGAGAGACUUCGGAUCAAUUCGCUCAGAAAGAAUACCAUUUUGCCAAAAGACCUUCAGGAAAUAGCUAGUGAAGAAAUUGCUGCCCUUCCACGGGAUAGCUGUCCUGUGAGAAUCAGAAAUCGGUGUGUUAUGACAUCCCGUCCACGUGGUGUAAUCCGUCGUUGGAGGCUUAGUCGAAUUGUGUUCCGCCACUUAGCUGACCAUAGACUACUUUCUGGAGUUCAGCGAGCAAUGUGGUAAAUCAGCUUCAGAACCUACUCAGCUGCCCAAGAAGUCAAUUCUGGCUAAAAGAUCAAACCCUAGUUUUUAUAGGGUCUAGUUUGUUUAAUCUA